AUGUUUUGUAAGAACAAGUGGCAAUGGUCAGAGACAAACUCAGGCGCUAACUCAGUUAUUGAACAGUUCCAAGCAGUGCUUAAUAAUGAACAGCAGAAUAGAAGAAUCGGCUUGAACGCCUAUAUCAAGUUAUAUGAACGUGGCGAGUCCGGAGUGGAACUGCUUGGCGAAGCUGCUACUAAAUCACUGGAGAGAAGAAAUGCAACGACGGCAAAGAUGCUGAACAAAGUAAGUUACAAAAAUCUUUUAGCUGGUACUUUUGGUGCUAGAUGUUCAACACACUAA